AUCAAAACAAUCAAUGCAAGCCGGUCCUGAAAAAGCGCGUUAUUUUGCAAAAGAAAUAUCAGAACUGCAAGGAAAUUUGUUCGUACUUCUGCUGCUAGAGUAGCAUUAUCGUGAUGGCUACAAACGGUAUAACUGAAACUCGCACUUCCGUCAACUGCGAAAACAUUCCGGAACUGUUUCUGGAUAAGUUGAUCGCGAAGAUGCACUUCAGCCAGUUUGGCAAAAUCAAGCGCUUUAUUCUACGGCCUGGCCGGCUUGCAUGUACCGUUGACUACGAGACACCAGAAUCGGCCCUGCUGGCUGUGGCUAAAGGCGGCCAGUUCAAGAAUCAUACUUUCAACAUCUCUUGGACGGACGUAAAGAGCCAAUCGUUAGGUGACAAUGGAAAAAUAGGCGGAUCGGCUAUCGAUAUGGAGGUGCAGAUGGAGCUGGAAGCGUUUGACAACACACGAGGAGCACCUUCGCCGAGUUUGUUGGCGUAUUAUAAAACCGGUGAACAACGUCCUGCGGUUCUGUCGAACAAUCGUGCUUCUCUUCCUAAACCUACGGCAACUACCGCAUUUCGUGCGGAGCAAGACCCAAGGAUUAAACAGAUAAGAGUUGAGCUAGAAACGUUAGCACGCAAACCAGCAUUUUCUGCAGAGGAGCGAUACAGAGUGUUGGAGGCAAAGGAUCGCUAUAUUCGCCUCACAACGGAACGGACGACUGACAUUCGGAAGGCAAAAAACAUCGAAGGCACUUGUCCAGACAUGUGCCCCGAAAAGGAGCGCUAUCUGCGUGAGUGGAAAUGUAUGGUGCCUUCGUAUGAAAAACAGGUCGGUAGUGCUACACAGAUAGAUCACGUGAAAGCUAUCAAACAAUACUCUCGCAGCUCAGCCGACCAGGAAUUACCCUUGCCGCACGAGUUGCGCUCGCAACAAGCUCUUGGACGCACGAUGCACUUCUUGCUUACAAAUUUGGCCGACCUGUGCGAUGACGAUGAAAGUGAAGGUGGUGGCAAUGUGAGCGAUUGGUUCCAUUACAUCUGGGAUCGAACUCGCGGUAUCCGGAAGGACAUUACGCAGCAAGACCUUUGUUCGCCCACCGUCGUUGAGCUGGUAGAGCAGUGCACUCGCUUUCAUAUACACUGUGCGGCCCGACUUGUUUCCGAGGAUCCGUCUGUGUUUGAUCAGAAAAUAAACACCGAGAACAUGACGAAAUGUCUGCAAACACUGAAGUACAUGUAUACGGAUCUGGCCAAGCGCGGUCAACGCUGUCCAGCAGAAGCUGAGUUUCGCGCUUAUAUGGUACUGCUGUACUUGAACGAUGGCAACUUCUUGUGGGAGUUACGACAGCUGCCGGAGGCGAUUAUUCACUCUAGUGAAAUCCAGUUCGCACUUUCCGUUUACUUUGCACUGGAGGAGAACAAUUUCGUGCGAUUCUUUCAACUUGUACAGUCGACCAGCUACAUGAAUGCAUGCAUCUUGCUUCGAUACUUCACUCAAGUUCGUCAGAAAGCACUCGAAAUUCUACGAAAAGCUUACGCAGUACGGUCAACGGCAACGUUCUCACUGGAGUACAUGACGAGCAUCCUCGGCUUUGAGGAUGAAGAGGAAGCGGAUGCGUUCUUCGACCACUACGGCAUUAUGGUCGAUCAAACGACCGACAUGGUAAUGUUUGAACCUAGGCAGUUGAAUUUCUACGUGCCUGAUCUUCCAUUCCCGACGUCCCGUGCAGUCCGGUUGGUUGAGAGCAAACGCUCCGUAUCGACAGGGGAAGCCAUCUGCGGACGUCCCCUAGAAGAGUGGGAGAAACGGUUGCCGGUGGUACAACCACCAACCGAAAGUUUCGACACAAAUGGUUGUUUAAAAGAGCAGGUGCUCCAGUCGGUCGUUGCAAAUCGUAAGCAUAAUGCCGAAGAGAGUAUAGCCCAACCUCAGAAACAGGCUCUCAAAGAGCUUCUACCGCUACAUCCAAUAGAGGAAGAUAAGGUUGAUAGUACACCAGUGCAGGCACGGGAUGAAACAAUGUCAGAUGAUAGGAUCUUCAAAGUGCCUUCACCUACAAUCGCGAUUCCGCGGUCAUCUCCUCGUGCCCGUACCCCUCCAAGUAAGCCAACGGUAACACCAUUUGCAGUGGAGCCAUCACCAGUCAUUGGAACGUUUGACUCCAAAGCACCUAGUGAUGAAAUUUCUAUCUUCAAACCAUCGACGACCGUUGCUCCAGCAGCAUUUACAUUUCCCACUGGAUUUGGAAAGAAUAUAUUUGGCAAUGUAUCUGCUCCACCCGGUAAUCCUCCAUCCACCACAUCUACAGCUGAUGGUAGCAAAAUUUUCGGCUCUUUUGCAUCCGGUAAGGCAACGUCCGGAGGCAGCAUAUUUAGUCAACCGGUUAGUAAUGCGACAGCAGCCGUUAAAAAUAAUGUAUUUGGCCAGCUAAACAGCAUCACUAUGCAGCACACCAAUCCACCGACGAACAUCUCAGUAACACCCGCCGGACAGACGUUCUUCGAGGCGGCCAAGGAAACGUCAUUAAUGAAGCCACAAACACCAGCCGCAUCGGCUUCAUUGUUCCAGCCCAAACUUUCCGCAUUUACGCCAUCCACAACAUUUGGCGUUGAUACGAUAUCCGCAUCAGCGAACCCUUUCAGCAGGGCCAAUAUGUUCGAUAAAGCUUCCUUAAUACCUGACAAAGUGCCUGUCAGUUCAACUCCAGCGUUUGCGGCUGGCUUUUUCCAACAACCACCCAAAGAAACGAACGAAAUUCAAGAGAAAGUUAGUAUGCUACCCAAGAUGCCCGACCCAAAUGAGGCUGCGGAGCUAGAGAAACAGCAGGAAAAAUUAAAACAGGAGCAAGAAAGGAGAAGGCAGGAACAACUCGAAAAGGAACGUAAGCAAACUAUCGAACGGGCAAGUACUGAUGAGCUGGAUAAGCUGCUGGAUCUGCUUGUGGAAGAGAUUGUGCCGGAAAUUGCAGAAGCUGCGUUGGCGCAUCACAAACGACUGCAACAAUAUCCAUUGGAGCUGAUUGAAGAAUUAGCGGGUGAGAUACUCGCCUCAUUUGUACCCUCGGUGGCCAAGCAGGAGAUUGAGCGAAUGGAACGAAUAAAAUCAGCCCGAGCUUGGAAACUGAGCGUCAAAUAUUUCCACCGAUGGCACCGUCACGCACAGAGUGUAGCUAGGUGGCGUCGAUUAAUGCGAACCGUACCACCGUCCUUUGUCAAUGGCAGUAUUGCAAUGGACCAAUUACCGCGCUGUGAUCAAUUGCGCCCAUUCUUAAGCGCACGGCUCACCGGUACGAAACGUAGCCCUGACGAUGUGCUUCAAGAAGAGUCGGUACGUCGCGAAGUGUUCCUUUUCGAUGCUUUUCCUGAGCGACAGCUUAUCGAUCCGUUCGUGCCACUGGAAAGUAUGAUCCACCAACUGCAGACACUGUCACCGACUCGUUUGCUUGGGUUUGCCGGGUUAAUCUGCUGGAAAUUGGUGAUUUCGGUGCCAGCUGAAGGUGAGGAAGGAUCAGCAGGAUUUCCAAGCUUUGUCCAACGGUGGCUACAGUGCUGUGGAUUCCGGAAAGACAACAGUACAACAAAUCAUCCUUAUUUCUACUUAGACACACGGCCACCACCAUCUAAACAACAACAUUCUUAUAUGAGCUCGUCGCAGGGCGGUUCUGCAGACGUCAGCAAAGAACAGCGCGCAAUCUGUAUGCGUUUACUUAGGGGACGAUCGUUAAUCAGCGAAAAGGAUACCGACCGUGAACUGGCAUGUAAUUUAAGCGAUGGGCUUUUAUUUUUCCUGAGUGAUCGUUGUCAAAUUGAAGAUGCUCGGACACGCUUGAAGAACAUUCUGUCAAAGUGUGGUGGUGGUGAACCAAGUAUUGCUGUUGUUCUGUACUGCCCAAACAGUGCCGGAGCUGGUAGUACCGCUUUAUCGGUGGACAACUUGGAACAGAGUCUGGGAUUGGUUGUAGGCACGAUAAAACGGUGGCGCGUAUUUUUGUGGUGCAAAGCAACGGAAAACGACACACUGCGAGAGGCAAUCACUUACCUUACUAACUGCUAUAGAGCGCACCUGCAGUUUGAAUCACCACGUUAUCGGGAGCGUUUAGAGAUGCGACCGCUAACCGACUUUCUGGAGAGUUGCAUUGGUUCAGAAAUGUGGUUCCGUUUGAAUAAGGCCUGCCGCAAACCAGACGGUUGCACCUUAGCCGGACGGAACGGGGAUGGAAUCGUGCAACUGUACAAUUCAAUCGUUGGAAAAGUUCAAUCGAUGGUGGACCAAGAUUUAAAACAAUUUGUGCUACUGCCAGAGGAGUUUGGAAACCUUCGUGAUUACUCGGAGGCAACUAAAACGGGCAAAUUUUUACCAUUGCCGGAAGCUUAUUUCCCAUCGGACUGGCAUAGUUCCCAGCGUAAGGAGCAACUAGUGCAACUGCUAAAAUCUCUGGAGCUUCGUCCACUGCCCAACAGCUUGCAGAGUGCAAUCGAUUGUGUCGCUCAAGAAGCAAUCACUCAAGGCGUCGCAUUGGAUGUGACGAGACUACGGACGGAGCUGAACAAAUACUUGUCCACCUAUCGGAUACUGUUGAUGGAAGAUGGUCACACCUUAAGCACGCUUACUCAACAGAUUAUGCAAGGCAUUGUUUCACAACUCGCAGGAUAUGUGCAUGAACCGGAAACUCGACCAGCGGGAAAAACUGACGAGAAUGCUCGCCAUUGCUAUUGGGUACCACUAUUAGCAUUGAUUUCAGAGAAGAUUCUUCGCGCUUUAUUGUUACGUAUCGAUAGUAGCAGUUCAACUAGAACACAACUCCUCGAAGUGUGCUAUCGACGUAGUGAGUUUCUUCAGCACACUGAAACGAACUGGUGGAAGGACCAACUACUGCACUUACAGAAACAAGCGCAAAGAGCCAUUGAAGAAUCAGAAGUCGACACUACUCAGACAUCCUCCGGAUCUAGCUUCACUACGUACACCUCAGAUCGAAAGCGCACGCAUAAAGAACAGUCGCAGCAUAACGAUAGCAUAACCAGUCUGUAUGAUAGUUUCACUAGCCUUAGCGAUAGCAUACGAAGCGAUGCCGGAGGCAAACGGGCCAAAAUAGUAAACGGUAUGGCAUACAGUCAGGAUAUUGUCGAUGACGUAAUUGCGAAGGGCUUAGACGCCAUGGCAAAAGCCGAACAGAUGAUUAACAAACACGAAGCGAUCACAAGCGAGCUACGUACUGUAUUCAGUCCACUAGAAAAAACCAUAAUGGACGUGGAAAAAUCAUGCAGGACCCUACAAUAUCAAUACAGGAGGUCUUCAUCGAAGUGAGAGGAUCAUGGCAACGGUGCUCGAGCUGUCAAUCCUGUUCUGCUUAUCUUUCUAUUACAGGUGCCGGCGAAUACAGUAAACUAGUGAACCUAGCAGCAAUCCUAGAACUACAUCAUGGCACAGAGUACCCGAGUUUAUUGAAUGAGAAUUAUACAGGACAGGCUGUUCGGUUAGGUGAGGAUGGUUUGUACCAUAAAUUACAAGGUUUGUAAGUCAUGUUUGUUUCACGGCCAAAAACGACUGGAUCAGAAUGUAUGUUUCGAUACUAAAGCAUAAAAUCGAAAAUUGUAUAAUUGUUGUAAGGCAAAUAGAGAAUGUAUUAUUAUAGGAUCUUUAAGAUAAGUUAGCUAAGGACAACGCGUGUAAAUUUCAAACUGCAAAGUUCUAUAGUCGGUAACGCAACUCAUAACGUACAGGGCUGAUUAUUUGGCUACGGGAUAAAAUAAACAUGUAACAAGGGCCGGUCUAUACAAUAGCGUAUAAUGGAGAACUGAACAACACACCGAGACCAUGCCUCCAACAUACAUAACCUAUCCAGCUGUGGGUAUUUUCUAUUGUUAGUCACAGAUAAACAGCCAUUCAGCACGACAUUGAAAUGCGGCAACUCAGCAAAAUAGCAAGGAUAAAUCAAGCAGAGCAGUCACGCUAAGACCUCUUUUAGGUUUAGAGGUUUUAUGUUAGAUCCUAUCUUGUGAAUGGUUCACUAUAAUCGUUGGUGUACUGAUUGUAUGUUUGUCAUGUUAUGUUAAGUAUUGAUUAAGUUCGGCACAACAGGAAUGUGUAUUUUUUUAAACAAAACAUUAAUACAUUUGCCUGGUACAAUUCGUAUCUUUGACAUUAAAU